AUGUCUACAAAACGUAAAAGUUAUACAGUUAAACAAAAACUUGAAAUUAUUUCAAAAGCAAAAGAAACAUCUAAUAAAGCAGUAGCAAGUAUCGGUUCUGAAAAGAAAACUGUAUAUCCUCUUGCAGAGAAGAUGUUAAAUAAAUAG